AGCGUUCAAUAGCGUGGGGAUGGUGCAUAUCACCUUGGCAACGGAGUAGACUAGUCUCGAUAGCUAAGGCCUGCUACGUGCAGCUACCAGGUUCGUCCAUAAUGGCUACUAUCCUGUACAAUCUCAGAAGGUUCAAGAUGGUGACCAAUCAAUUAGGCGUACUGCUACUCUCCUGUGGAUUCCUCAUGUUUGCUGCUGUCGAGGGUUACGGCCCCUGUCCGAAAACCGAGCCAGGUCGAAAUCUAGCCAGGGGAGCGAAGAACCUUCUACAUACACCAGAGGAGCUUUUCAAUGGAAAACUGGUUGAGGGAAAGAAGUUUGAAGAAUUAGAUAAACUUUGCAAUUCUACCGAUAGUAUUGAAGAUGGCAUGUCGAGAGUGGAGAAUGCAGUGAAAUAUUGUAUAUACAAGGACCGACUUAAAGUACUCGAUUCCUUUGACAUUACUGGGCUGAAUGAGACAUUUUUAUACAUGUGCGACAUGGAACGACGAAACGCUUUACAAAGUCUCACUGAAUGUCUCAAUUCGAAGGAAAAUACAGAUUCGAUGGCCAAAUGUCGAAAACAAUACUACGACGAUAGGGUGAAAAAUGCUACUACUCCUAAAACAGAAGUGCAAAACAAAUGCACAUGGUUCAGGGCCAUUGUUUAUUGUGCGGAAACGGCCGCGAUGAAUCCGAAGUGUGAAAAAGAUGCGCUUGAUCUGUAUAAAGAAAUGUCCAAACUACAACUUCCUGCAUGUGACUGCAAUGCUAAUGUGAGACACCCUGAUGACAUGAAGGCCUGGAGCGGGUCCUACAAGUGUAAAGCGACUCGGUGCGUGAGCUUCAUGGGGAAAGAAGUGAACGAAGCAACAGUACAGAGCAACCUACUCUUCGGAGCGGAUCACAUGGAUCAGAUAGAGUGGAUGUGCAAGCUAAUACCGGGGAAGUCCUCCCAUAUUGCACAUGAACUGACGAAGUGUAUCGUCAAACCAGAUUGCUUCUACCUCACCAAGCUUAACAAGUUCAAACUCAUCAACGUAGAUGGAAUGAUUAAGGCAGCAGAACGCAUUUGCAAUACUUCGGAAUUAAUCAAAAACGACACGGAGAACUUUAUGGACAGCUUGAACGCUUUUACCAUUUGCCAGGGUAAGAUGCAUGCCAUCGUUGAGGACGAGUACCGCGUCAAGAAAGAUAUGAAGGACACCGUGUGCAGGAAACACGCAGCGAACACCGAUUGUCUCAGGGAAUCGUUCAACACGACGAGUAGGGCGAUCUACAAUGCUCUUGAAGAUAGUCUGAAGAUGCGACUCCCAGACAUUUGUGACUGUAAGCCUUUAGGAAUCGACCCCAGAGCAGUAGUCGGAGGAGCAGAACGAUUCUACUUGUCUUCCAUAUUAGCAAUAUUGAUACCAUUCGCAGUCCAUCGAAUUAUAUUGUAAUAAGCUACGAGAUGAUUCUACAGUUGGGUAGGGCUUGAUACAACUAGAAUGAGUUUUAAAUGAGGUCCUAGUGACUUCCAUAUAAUAGUUCUUCUUGAUGGAAUUAUGAGGGCUGUAUUUGGUUGGACUUAGAACCUUGAGGAGUCGUAUUUGACAGUGUUUACGUAGAUGACCUGGAUCACAGCGAAUCUUGUAUGUCUUGGUACAAGCUGACUGAGCAUCUUCAAAACCAUGCAGCAGCACAGUUACUGUCAUAACGAAUCCUACCUCUGCAACCGUAUGCAAUAAUCAGUGGGUCUACAGUGCAGGUUUUUGAGAAUACUGUUCUUGGCACGUGGUUUUUGAGAGAAACUGUUCUUGGCCAUUGGGUCAAAAGUGCAGAUAUUUGAGAGCACUGCCCUUUGCCAAACAAAAGUCCACACAGCUUUAAGAUUCGACCUUGCUCAACUGAAGAACCAUCAUCUUGAGCUAGCACUAAUGAUGAUAGAUAUAAGAAGACCAACGUCUGUUCUCCUACAGCAAGUGAAGACACAAUUAUUAAGCAAGGUCUUGGAGCCAGACGCAGUUUGCCUUAGCUUUGUUAACUUAAAGAAAUGGUAUUUGACCAUCAUGAAUUCAAUUUCGAAUUCGAUUUUGAUAUGAUAUGACGAGAGUGGGAUCAGGAGAAUGAACAAAAAGAUGUCCAUUCAUUCCUAGAAGAGCCAUGUCUUGGUAAAUCUGGUACCGAUGUCACAUACGCAAAAGUGUAACAUGAGGGAAAGAGGUACGAAUAACAAUGACCAUGACUUAUUUCUGGCAGCGUCAUGCUCCAAAUAUGGCAGCGUCAUGCUCCAAAUAUGGCAGCGUCAUGCUCCAAAUAUGGCAGCGUCAUGCUCCAAAUAUGGCAACGUCAUGCUCCAAAUAUGGUAGCGUCAUGCUCCAAAUAUGGCAGCGUCAUGCUCCAAAUAUGGCAGCGUCAUGCUCCAACCAUGACAUCUCUGUGCCAUAAAUAUCAUCAACUUUUAUCAUGCCGUGCUGUCCUCUAUAGUGUUCAUAGAGUUGGUGUUGUUCUUAGUUGGAGUAAAUUGAUAGAGGAGACUAUUUGUAGUUUUACAGGAGAUCAAAUCCUAUAUCUUUAUGUGAACCAUAUAUAGGCUACUCAAGACAAUGCUAAAGAAUGUGCCAUAAUAUGUUGUCCAUGUUAUUUCACAGUAUCAUUUCAUAGCUGUUUUAUAUUGUCUGAGUGUACUGUCUGUAUGCUCUCACGCUAAACAGAAGCUUCAACAAGAUAUCAUGAUUUUGUACACAACAACGAAAGCGUAAGAAGUAAUGAUUUGGUGGCAGUCGAAGAUUAGAUUUCAUUUAUUUAUUUUGAGGCCACGCUUGGUGAAUGAUUGGCCUUCAUGAUACAUGUACUAGUUUUUGUCAUACCAACCCUAUCAGUGUUCAUGAAAACGAAUUAUGUCUUAUUAUAUGACUGUGUUUGUGUAUACAUGUACUUAUCGACUACUUGGAAGACAACUUCAUUGUUUAUACGAUUGCACCACUGUACUAAGACUUGACAACAUGACAGGUUCCUUUUUGCAUGCACGGUAGUUGUGAUCGGCUUUAUUGUAAAAAAUAGAAUUAUUCAGCAAUGCGCAAUGAGCAAUGAGUCCUAUUGUGGCAAAAACGACCACAUCCUGUCUCAUCAGACUCAACAACCGGUGUAUUUUGGUGGAAUAUGUCAUCAGUGAUUGUUCUUGUUCCUACCUGUGCCUACAUUGAUGUUGUAUGUGAAUGUCUACCGUCCUGGGUGCACAAUGUCUCAGGACAGUUCGAAAUCAGGUCUUGUUAUGCUAUGUUGAUUAUGUGUCGACUUUCAUGAUAGUCAUAUGUGAUAGUUGUUGUCAUCUGUUUUGCGUUGGAUGAGUUGUCACAUCUAUACCAAAUGAGAUGCCAUUGACCUUGGGAAAAUGAUAGUCUAUUAGGUUGUUAAAUUGAUGAAAACUGUCAUACACUAUGUUGUGGGUCUACAAAAUGUAUCAGGGCCCGGUUGGUCGAAACAGGUUUUGUCCCUAACGCUGGCGUUCACUUAACUUGACGUUACGUCUAAGGGCUUAAGUGAAGGAGAUAACUAACGCCGACAUUAGUGACAAAAUCUGUUAUGAAAAACCAGACACAUGAUGUUACUGAUGAAGUUUUGGCAAAAGUUGAUGAGAGAUACCAGAAAGAGAUGCAAUAUAUAAUUUUGUGAUGUAACGAUUAGUAGCUGAUAAUUUACAGUAGAUGGCAGGUCUGCUACUCUGAUACAGCGAGUAGUUUUGAAAGGAUUCAAGUUGUGUGAUGUACGGCGGAGAAAGACAGCAAGGAACAACAAGCACAUAGACACAUAGGCCUGUUACUCUGAUACAGCCAGUAGUUUUGAAUGGAUUCAAGUUGUGUGAUGUACGGCGGAGAAAGAAAGCAAGGAACAACGAGCACAUAGACGGUUGGCACCCUUUAAAGAGAUUGUGACGCACUGCUUAUAGAUCCACAGAGUCGAUAGUCUAGUAUUUACCAUUUGAGAUAAACAACAUUGAAAAGGCACCCAGAGUAGAUAGAUAGAUUCAGUGAUACUUCGAAUUCUCUGGUUGGAACGUUGCCUGAUCGAGGGUGUUUGCCCCAUACAUUUACAUGUAAUACUGGCUAGGUAGUCAGAAAACAGUAAACAGUCAUCGACGAAAGCUUCUUUCUUCAAACUUCGACAGUGUACGUGUAUGACGGCUUAGUUUAUGCCGUCUACCUUUUCGGUCUAGACUAGACUAUCUAUAGCAAAGGGGAAACCACGAAGAUUUGAAAACUGUAAGUAGUAAUCGAUGUUACAGGGGGAAUAUCUCCACCUUGUAGUCGGCAAUAUUUGUACAUAUUUGAAGACUAUCUCGUCCUCCUUAGUGAGUCAAAUGUCAAAACAACCUAUGAUCCCCUGGCGCUAUUCUUAAUCAGUUGUAUUCUCUACACUGUAUUGAAUGUUGUCUUCAUUAAACCAUCAUAUCUGU